AACUACACGACAGCAUUCACAACUGUAAUGAUUGAUAAUACUUACAUGCAUUUACUGACAUACACACAACACACCCAUACAUACACACAAUUAUAAAUCACUAUAAAUUAACAAGGCCCAGUUGAAGCAAGCUCCCACUUGGAUUUACAAGAUGGCUGAUUUAUCAUGGCCUUCUGAAUCUGAGUUGGAUGGAAUUAGAAAGAAGGUUGCAGAAAUGUCGGGGAGAGGUGUUGAAGAGGUUAGAGUAGUUGUGUCUCCUUACAGGAUAUGCCCACUUGGAGCUCAUAUUGAUCAUCAGGGGGGAACAGUUACAGCUAUGACAAUUAACAAGGGCAUACUACUUGGGUUUGUUCCUUCCAAUGAUUCACAGGUAAUUAUCCGAUCAGGACAGUUCAAAGGAGAAGUUAUGUUCAGGGUGGAUGACAUUCAAUUUCCAAAGGAUAAUCCGAAUUCUUUGGACAAAGAUCAUGCAAACAAUUCUGCCAAAAAGGAGGAGUGUAAUUGGGGAACUUAUGCAAGAGGAGCGUUGUACGCACUACAACGCAAGGGAAACCAUCUAAGGCAGGGAAUAACCGGAUAUCUUUGUGGUUCGGAUGGACUUGACAGUUCAGGCCUUAGCUCUUCUGCUGCUGUUGGAGUUGCAUACCUGUUGGCACUGGAGACUGCUAACAAUCUUACUGUUCUCCCUGAAGAAAAUAUUGAAUAUGACCGGCUGAUUGAGAAUGAGUAUCUAGGUCUGAAAAAUGGAAUAUUGGACCAAUCAGCAAUAUUGCUUUCAAGAUAUGGCUGCCUAACUUGUAUGAACUGUAAGACCAAAGAACACAAGCUCAUAAAUCCACCAAAGGUUCAGAGUAAUCUCAAAACAGAGACAAAGAAAGCAUACAAGAUUUUACUAGCAUCUUCUGGCCUGAAGCAAGCUUUGACAACUAAUCCUGGAUACAAUCGGCGAGUUACAGAAUGUCAAGAAGCUGCAAAAGUUCUGUUGGUUAGUUCUGGAAAAGAAGGACUUGAUCCUCUCUUGUGCAAUGUUGAACCAGAAGUAUAUACAGCGCACAAGUCCAAGUUAGAAGCGCACCUAGCUAGGAGGGCAGAACAUUAUUUCUCAGAGAAUAUGCGAGUUUUGAAAGGACUUGAAGCAUGGGCUUCAGGUCAUCUUGAAGAUUUUGGGCAGCUUAUAUCAGCCUCUGGUUUAAGCUCUAUCCAGAACUAUGAAAGUGGUUGUGAACCAAUGAAACAGCUGUAUGAGAUCCUUUUAAAGGCUCCUGGGGUGUUCGGUGCAAGGUUCAGUGGAGCAGGAUUCAGAGGGUGCUGCCUUGCGUUUGUAGAUCCAGAUUAUACGACAGAGGCUGCGUCAUAUGUCAAGACUGAGUAUUCUAAGCUGCAACCAGUGUUGGCUAGUCAAACCAACCCAGCCACUGCAGUUGUAAUAUGCGAUGCUGGUGAUUGUGCACGAGUAAUAUGAGCAUAAGAUGGGUUUUAUUAUCUACUAGUAGUCUUGCAGCGGUGUUGGUUCAUAUCUUGCAAGUACUGAUGUAUAUCUCCAUGCUUUGCGUUUGUCGUAUGAAACAUUACAAGCUCAAAGGCUCCAAGGUUAAUAAUCCUGUUGAUCACAUUUUCCGUUGAAUAAGUUGCAGAAAAGGUCUUUGAGAAUUUAGGCUCAUUCUAGAGAGUGUAUAGAUACUUAGAAACCCGAGUACUGAAAGGAUUGUAUAAUGUAUACAUGCUAAGAGCAAGACUUAGAGAUUCAUUCAUAAAUGGGAACCUAAAAACCACCGGUUCUGUACAAUUUUGUAUUUGUAAUUCUUUAAUUUUGAUUAAGUGAUCUUUUCUGGAGUUA